GCAGCUCAGGCUCAGUGCGCGGUGGCGGCGGCGGUGGCGGCCUCGCGGGCAGCUGGCGCCGCGCGGUCCUGCUCUGUGGGGCUCACGGGCGCCCCGGCGGGCCGACGGCCGGAGGGACCGGGCGGGAGCUGGGCCCGCUGACCCCGAGCCGGAGCGGGAGCCGAGCGUAGUGAGCCGGGCUCGGGCGCCCGCCAGCCUCUCGAGCGGCUCCCGCCUCCCGCCUCUCGCUGGUGCCCGCGCGGGGCCGUGGGGGGCAGCAUGCCCGCGAGCACUGCCUGAGGACGCCGCGGCCCCCGCCCCCGCCAUGGGCGCCCCUGCCCGCGCCCUCGCGCUCUGCGUGGUCGUGGCCAUCGUGGCUGGCGCCUCCUCGGAGUCCUUGGGCCCGGAGCAGCGCGUCGUGGGGCGAGCGGCAGAGGUCCCAGGCCUGGAGCCCGGCCAGCAGGAGCAGUUGGUCUUCGGCAGCGGGGACGCGGUGGAGCUGAGCUGUCCCCCGCCCAGGGGUGGUCCUGUGGGGCCCACGGUCUGGGUCAAGGAUGGCGCAGGGCUGGUGCCCUCGGACCGCAUCCUGGUGGGGCCCCAGCGCCUGCUGGUGCUGAACGCCUCACAGGAGGACUCUGGGGCCUACAGCUGCCAGCAGCGCCUCACACAGAACGUGCUGUGCCGCUUCAGCGUGCGGGUGGCAGACGUUCCAUCUUCAGGAGAUGAUGAAGACGGGGAGGAUGAGGCUGAGGACACAGGUGCGGACACAGCAGGGGCCCCUUAUUGGACCCGGCCCGAGCGGAUGGACAAGAAGCUGCUGGCCGUACCGGCUGCCAACACUGUCCGCUUCCGCUGCCCGGCCGCUGGCAACCCCACUCCCUCCAUCUCUUGGCUGAAGAACGGCAAGGAGUUCCGCGGCGAGCACCGCAUUGGAGGCAUCAAGCUGCGGCACCAGCAGUGGAGCCUGGUCAUGGAGAGCGUGGUGCCCUCGGACCGCGGCAACUACACCUGCGUGGUGGAGAACAAGUUCGGCAGCAUCCGGCAGACGUACACGCUGGACGUGCUGGAGCGCUCCCCGCACCGGCCCAUCCUGCAGGCGGGGCUGCCGGCCAACCAGACGGCGGUGCUGGGCAGCGACGUGGAGUUCCACUGCAAGGUGUACAGCGACGCACAGCCCCACAUCCAGUGGCUCAAGCACGUGGAGGUGAACGGCAGCAAGGUGGGCCCCGACGGCACACCCUACGUCACCGUGCUCAAGUCCUGGAUCAGUGAGAGUGUGGAGGCCGACGUGCGCCUCCGUCUGGCCAAUGUGUCGGAGCGGGACGGGGGCGAGUACGUCUGUCGAGCCACCAAUUUCAUAGGCGUGGCCGAGAAGGCCUUUUGGCUGAGCGUUCGCGGGCCCCGAGCAGCUGAGGAGGAGCUGGCGGAGGCCGACGAGGCGGGCAGUGUGUACGCAGGCAUCCUCAGCUAUGGGGUGGGCUUCUUCCUGUUCAUCCUGGUGGUGGCAGCCGUGACGCUCUGCCGCCUGCGCAGUCCCCCCAAGAAAGGCCUGGGCUCCCCCACCGUCCACAAGAUCUCCCGCUUCCCGCUCAAGCGACAGCGCUGGUGGAAGUCAGAGCGCCCCCCUUCCAGCCCACAGCGACCCCCGGCUGCACCCCCACGCCCUGUCCUCCACGCGGCGCCAACCUGCCCCUGCCGACCCAAGCAGGUGUCCCUGGAGUCCAACGCGUCCAUGAGCUCCAACACGCCGCUGGUGCGGAUCGCAAGGCUGUCCUCGGGGGAGGGCCCAGCGCUGGCCAACGUCUCUGAGCUUGAGCUGCCCGCCGACCCCAAAUGGGAGCUGUCCCGGGCCCGGCUGACCCUGGGCAAGCCCCUCGGGGAGGGCUGCUUUGGCCAGGUGGUCAUGGCGGAGGCCAUCGGCAUCGACAAGGACCGGGCUGCCAAACCCGUCACUGUGGCUGUGAAGAUGCUGAAAGACGAUGCCACUGACAAGGACCUGUCGGACUUGGUGUCGGAGAUGGAGAUGAUGAAGAUGAUUGGGAAGCACAAGAACAUCAUCAACCUGCUGGGCGCCUGCACGCAGGGCGGGCCCCUGUACGUGCUGGUGGAGUACGCCGCCAAGGGCAACCUGCGGGAGUUCCUGCGGGCGCGGCGGCCCCCCGGCCUUGACUACGCCUUUGACACCUGCAAGCCGCCCGAGGAGCAACUCACCUUCAAGGACCUGGUGUCUUGUGCCUACCAGGUGGCCCGGGGCAUGGAGUACCUGGCCUCCCAGAAGUGCAUCCACAGGGACCUGGCCGCCCGCAAUGUGCUGGUGACCGAGGACAACGUGAUGAAGAUCGCCGACUUUGGACUGGCCCGAGACGUGCACAACCUCGACUACUACAAGAAGACCACCAACGGCCGGCUGCCCGUGAAGUGGAUGGCACCUGAGGCCCUGUUUGACCGCGUCUACACCCACCAGAGUGACGUCUGGUCCUUUGGGGUCCUGCUCUGGGAGAUCUUCACACUGGGGGGCUCCCCGUACCCCGGCAUCCCUGUGGAGGAGCUCUUCAAGCUGCUGAAGGAGGGCCACCGCAUGGACAAGCCCGCCAACUGCACGCACGACCUGUACAUGAUCAUGAGGGAGUGCUGGCACGCUGCGCCCUCACAGAGGCCCACCUUCAAGCAGCUGGUGGAGGACCUGGACCGCUUCCUUACUGUGACAUCCACCGACGAGUACCUGGACCUGUCGGCGCCGUUUGAGCAGUACUCUCCCGGUGGCCAGGACACGCCCAGCUCCAGCUCCUCAGGGGACGAUUCCGUGUUCGCCCACGACCUGCUGCCCCCGGCCCCACCUGGCAGUGGGGGCCCGCGGACGUGAAGGGCCGCUGUGGGUCCCCAACAAUGUGAGGGGGUCCCUAGCAGCCCACCCUGCUGCUGGUGCACAGCCACUCCCUGGCACGAGACUCAGUCCAGAGGGACAGACGGCCACACAGAGCUUUGGCCUUUGUGCGCGCGCGAGUGCAUGUGUGUGUGCGCGCCUGUGCGUCUUGUGGCCUCCGGGUGCAGAGGUCCCCUGGGUGUCCCCGCUGCUAUGCAGUGGCCUCCUGACUGGUGCCGCAGCACCAGGGGGCCUUUGACCUGGGGUGACCCAGUGUGGAAUGUAAGUGGGCCCAGCCUGUGGGACCCCCGUGGGGCAGGGAGCCGGGCCUGAUGUGACCCUGGCCUCUGCUCUUGCAUCGUGGAGCAUCACAGGGUGGCUUCCGGCCCUCCCACUCCCAAAGCUGAGCCUGCAGGGAAGCCCCACGUGUUGAGCACCUUGUGCCUGGGGGUGUUAGUGGCACUGCCCCCCACAUCCAGGCUUUCCUCAUUCCCACCCUGCCCCUCAGAGACUGAAAUUACGGGUACCUGGAGGUGGGAGCCUUUACCUUUUAUUUAAAAGGUUUAUUCCAGAAACUAGUGUACAUUUCUAUAAAUAGAUGCUGUGUAUAUGGUAUAUAUACAUACAUAUAUAUAUAAAAUAUAUGGAAGAGAAGGCUGGUACAACGGAGGCCCGAGGCCCUGGGGUCGCAGGAGGCAGACGUGGCCCCGGGCCGUGGCGGAGGCCUCAGGGGUCUCACAUACAAGCAGAGGAGCAGGGCCGUUUCUGGCAUUGGUUUUGUUUUAAAAUUGUACCUGGACCUGUACAUUUGUAAAGCUAUUUAUGGCCCCGGCACCUUGUUCCUAUACCCCAACACUUGUAGCAUUUAUUUAGCCAGCCACAGGGUGGAGAGUUUUAAUUUUUAACUUAUUAACAGCCGAGAAGGUUUAUCCCGCCUAUAGACUGUGCGUCCAGCCUGCCCCAGGCUGGGGGGGGUCCCCUCUGAGUCUUCGAGGUGGUUCAUAGUUGGAGGGGAUGCUGGCGAGGAUAUUUUAUUUCCUUUGUCCUCCUUUUGCAGGAGAAUUAGAUUUCUAUAGGAUUUUUUUUUUUAGGAGAUUUGGUUUUUGGACUUCAAAGCAAGCUGGUAUUUUCUCACAAACUCCUCUAAUUGCUGCGUGUCCCAGGCCGGGAGGCGGUUUCCAGGGAGGGGCCGGCCUUGUGUGCAGGUCAGAUGUUAUUAGAUGUUACAAGUUUAUAUAUAUCUAUAUAUAUAAUUUAUUGAGUUUUUACAAGAUGUAGACUUAACACUUCUUACGCAAUGCUUCUGGAGUUUUAUAGCCCAGACUGCUACCCUUCAGAGCUUGGAGGGGAGCCGUGAAUUCAGUUACUGGGCUGAGUCUGGGCGGCUGUCCCUUGCUUGCCUGCAGGGCCAUGGCUCAGGGUGGUCUCUUCCUGGGGCCCAGUGCAUGGUGGCCAGAGGUGUCACCCAAACUGGCAGGUGUGAUUUUGUUAGCCCAUCGACGAACUUUCCAAAAAAAUAAAGAGACGUCUGGUUCCUAA